AUGCAGAAAGAUGAACCAUUUGUGACUAAUUUUUAUAUCGAAUAAUAAAUAAAAAUAUUAAAACCACAUCCUAUAGCUAUUAAAUUAACUGCCGAUAUAUUAUAAAACUACUAUCAAUUGCAAGCAGUAACAUUUUACAUUAUCAAAUUUAUUAGAAAGAAUCCAUUAAAAACUUGCAAUCAUAAUUGCUAACCAUCUAUUAGUUUUUCUAACUUGAUCAGUUUGAAGGAUAGCAAGAAAUCAAUAACAAAAUAAACAAUUUACUUGAUGAAUUUUUAAAAAUAGAUGGAGAUUCCAUAAAAAAAAUAUCAUACAGACGCUCUGUCCCUAGAAAAUCAUUAGCAAAGUAUUUUCUUUGUUAUUUAGACUUAAAUAGAUCUUUUAAAUUGUUAUCUUUAAAAUUAAGAAUAAGUUUUGAUGUUAUCAGUAAAAUUUGGAUUAACAAAUAAACAUUUCCUAAUCAACUCAGAUGGGCUUGUCAAUGUAUUAAGAAUAUACAAAAGUACAUCUCCUUUUAGUAAAAAGUUAAUUGAGUCAAGAUGCAAAUAGAGUAGCAAAAAACCAAUCAAAAUUGUUUAUCUGCAGAAUUUGUGAAUAAUAGGUGUAGUCCAUUGAUAUGACUCAACAUUGUAUUGAGUGUGAAAAAAACGCUGAAAGCAAAAAAAAAUAUAUUGAGUUGAAUUUAGAACUAGCCAAUUUAUGUGACUAAGCAUAUUAAGAAAAAAGAAAUGUUUAAGUUAAGUUAGCCAUCAAAAAGUAAGAAUGCCUAUUAAUUUUAAGAAUGAAAGAUAAAAAUAAAUAAAGACAAUAUGCAAAUACCUAAUUUAUUUUUAGAAGAAUACAAACUCUAGAUGAUUAGGAUGAUGAAGAAGAAGAAACGGGAGAAUAUCAGUAAGAAUAAAAUAAUAUCGCGAAUAUUAUGACUUAAAUUAUUAAUUUUGCUGAAAAAACCCUCAACAAUGAGGUAGAAAUUGAGGAUACCAAAUGUAAUUAUUAUUAAAUCUUAAAUGUUUAGUGACUCUUGUAUUAUUAAAUGACUUAGUGAGUUCGACUGAAUGUAUUGAAAAUCAAGAGGCUUUAAAUAUAAUAAAUUCAACUCAUAAAUGUCUAUUAGAGAGACUAGAAUAUCAUAAGAAACAAGAGGUUUAUAAAAAUACAAAAAACCAAUAAAAGAAGGAUUAAUCCGAGGAUAAAGUCAACAAUAUAAAGAGAGCAUUUACCAAAUCUAAUUCAAUCUCAUUUAGAGUGCCUAAAUUUUAGAAUAGUCCAUCCUCCCCCUCAUAAAGAAUAUCAACUGAUCCUAUUCAAGAAGAAGAUGAUUCACCAACGCAACUCUAGAUGAAAUCCUCUUAAAAGAUUAUACCCUAAAGAAAAGGAUUUAGAAUGAAUUCAUCUAUAUUCAAAGUCAGUGAUGGAUCUGAGUCACCUAAAUCCUUAAAAAACAUAUCAAUACCAGUCAAUUAAUCUAAAUCAAGUGGUUUCCAUAUUGGUGAAUCAAAUUAAUCGAUUAAUUCCAAUAAUACAGAUAAUAAAGUGGAUAAAUUGUUGAAAAGUACUGAACUUAAAAAUGACAUAGAUCAAUAAUAAUCACCCACUUUAAAAAAGCUUUCUACAUUCAAAGCACAAGUGUAACCACUAAAUGUUGAGAAAAAAUAACCAUCACUUUAAGAAAUAAGUCCUCAAAUAGAUGCAUUAAAUCCUUCCAUCAAAGAAGGAGAUACUUCAUCUAAUCUAUCUAGCUUUGAAUCUGGAAAGUCUAAUUCAGCCUCUAAUAAUGAUGCUAAUUUAAUAGGUUCACAAAAAGCAUCGAGUAAAAAAAGAGUGAAAAAGAAGCAAACCUUUCACUCUUAAGAUAUUGAAAAAAUGUAACAAAGUCGUAUGAUUUAACAUCGAAAGAGUAGAUUCUAUGAAAAUUAGAUUUGUAAAUCUCCUCCCAUUAUGCCUGAUUAUGGAUUUGAUGAAAUUUAAAUUGAUAAGGGAUAUCAUUCUGAUUCAAAUUUAGUUAAAACUGUAGUUCCUUCACAAAAUUAAACUUCAAAAGUUGGAAUUAAAGAUUUUGAAUUCAUUAAGCCAUUAGGCAAAGGUGCCUAUGGAUGGGUAUUUCUAGUUAAAAAGAAAGGAUCUGGAGACUUAUAUGCAUUAAAAAUCAUAGAUUGUGCCUAAAGAGUAAAAUUAUUAUUUUGAAUUAGAAUUUAGAGGCAUUUCUUGAACAAUUAAAGGCAGAAAGAAAUAUCUUUGAAAUUCUAAAUAGUAAUUUUGUAGUCAAAGCAUAUUUCUCUUUUGUGCAUGAACAAUAUUUAUGUUUUGUUUAGGAAUACAUGAUGGGUGGAGACUUAGCAAGUAUUCUGAAAACAUACACAGUAUAUUGUCCCUAUUAUACUUAGGCUCUAGAUGAGUUUUAUGUUCGUCAUUACAUGGCAGAAAUAAUCUUGGCCUUGGAUUAUUUAAGACAAUAGAACAUAGUUCAUAGAGAUUUAAAACCAGAGAACAUUCUUUUAGAUAGUCAAGGACAUGCCAAACUCGCUGAUUUUGGUCUCUCAGAACAUGGUGUCAAUAGUAGAUUAAAAUUAAAGGACAGUAUGAAUUCUUUCAAUACCAUUGAAAUACCAACAUGUGUGGAAUAAAUGAUUGAUCAGGAAGGCUAUCAAACCGUAUACAAAUAAUUGAAAAAGGUGGAAUCCAUUUUGGUAGAUAAAUAAGGCAGUAAAACUAAAAAGUAAAUUGAUUUUGACAUUUAGAAUUGUUGGAACUCCUGAUUAUAUUGCUCCUGAAAUAAUCCUAGGGACUUCUGCCAGUAAUUUCAGUUGCGAUUAUUGGAGUUUGGGAAUUAUUAUGUAUGAAUUGUUGUGUGGAAUUGCUCCAUUUAAUGAUUUUACUGUAGAUAAAAUAUUUGAUAACAUACUUAAUAUGAGAAUUGAAUGGCCUUCAAUUGGUGAUGGAGAAGAUUGCAUAUCUGAAUAGGCUUAUGAUCUGAUAAUCAAAUUAUUAGAACCAGAUUAUAACAAUCGUUUAGGACAUAGAUCCAUCGAGGAGAUUAAAAACCAUCCUUUUUUUAGAGGUAUUUUACGCAUAAUCCAAAGAAAUUUCCUGGAAUACAUUGCUAAGUAAGCCGGGCUUGAUUGUUCCUGAAUUGAAUUGUGAAUAGAAGGAUACAGAGAAAAUGCAACAAUUCUUAAAAAAAUUGGAAAAAUCAAAUAAAGACAAUGAGAACAAGAAGUUAACAUAACAAUUGAAGGCACAAUUAUAAAGCUUAGAACGAAUUGAUCUACUGAAAUAGAGAAGCAUUUAAGAAUCAGAGAAAUAUUUGUAUUUAAUAACUAUUAAUUAGAUCACAAGUCAAACUUGAAUAAUAGAAAAUAAGAAAAUAGAUUGAUUCUCUAACACAAUUUUAUGCUAAAAUAUACUAAACUUAUUCGAAGAUGUAGUGA